AUGGGGUCAGGUCAAUCGCUAGAGAAAGAAUUGUACCUCUGGAUCGAUGCCGUGGUCAUCAACCAAGCCGAUGCCGACGAGAAGUCACGCCAAGUUGCUAACAUGAUGAAUAUCUAUGAAAAGGCUCAUCACGUUCAGGUUUGGCUCGGAAAAGCGGCGACGCACACAGACGAAGCCGUCCAAUUCCUCUAUCGCUUAAUGGCAGACACCGACGGGAAGGAUAAGAGCAUCAGUGACAGUGCUCUUGACGGACUGCGAGACCUAUACUCUCGACCCUGGCCAACUCGUAUGUGGAUCCGCCAAGAAGUGUGGGCAGCGAAGGCUAUCUCAAUUCAGUGCGGCUCCUCGGUCCUACCUCUUGAUGUGUUCAAGGCUGGUGUCGUCUUCUCACAACAAGCCGGCGACAGCCCGAACGAGGGUGGCUCCGAUGUAUCUGAAGCUUCUGAUCUUGGAAUUUAUUCCUCACCGCAAACCCUGGAGUGGCUCCACAAGAAGCUCAUGAUUGCUGAGGCUCAGCUAGCCGCCAUCAGCUUCCUCACUCAGAAACUAGUAGGCCAGCAGUCCCCAGAAGAUCGUGCUGUGUCUGGUCUUGGCUAUAAAGCCAUGGAAGGUGACGGACGCGAAGACAUCUUAUGGCUUCUGUAUGAAUCAGUAAACUACGAGAGUACGGACAUCAGGGAUCGCAUCUAUGCUUUGAUUGGGAUGUGCGAUGAUCCGAAUAUUGAAAUCGACUACCAUAAGACCCCGGCUGAGGUGUUUACUUUUUUAGCCAAACACAUCAUUGUGCGUGCGCGAUCGUUAGGCCGCGUGCUCGAGCAGGAUUGUAAGUAUGGAAGUCAAUCCAAUAUAGACCUACCCUCCUGGGUCCCCGACUGGAGAACCCUGAGCUUUAUCCGUUACGAGCCGCAAUACGUUACGACAUACGACAUGAACAGCUCCUUCGACAGUAACAGGCCGCAGGCAUUGAUGAUAAAUGGCUUCCUGCUCGGUAAGGUGGAGGCGGUCAAGGCAAAGAAAAAGCAAAAACCAGACAUGCUCGUACACUUGGACUGGACCCGCAUACAUAAAAAGUUGAAAGGGUCAAAUCAGUUCCCAGGCUUUCCGGCCAAACUUCCGAGAGGGGACACAAUAACCUUCGGGUAUACACGCAGAGAGAUAAAGCCAGGCGAUAACCUUAUAGCCGCGUGUGGUAGCGACGAGUUCCUUCUUCUGCGUUCCUCUCCAAAACAUGAAGAAGAAACUUACGAAUUCGUCACUUCCGAUCUCAUGAGUAGAGAUAAAAGGAAGGAUAUCCGCGCAUCCUUGCUUAAGUAA